AAAAAAAAAAAAAAAUAUUUCAAAUUCCACAAAGCAAUCUCCCAGCAUGUCCCCAGUGCAUUAAGGCCUUUGAAGUAUUCAAUUCCUCAGAAAAGAAAAAAAAAAUAAAAUUAAAUCUCUGGGAAAAAUAGAAAAUCUUGGGAAAAAAAGUGAAAAGAAAAUUUGUGAAAAAAUCCGAAAAGAAAAAAACGUUUUUAUUUUCCAUCAGAGCAUCCACCAUUGCUAAAGUGAUUUUCCUGCUAUCGAGCCUAUUCGACCGUUAACGUUUCCACAAUUUUCACAAAUAUGCUAUUCGAAAAUCCCGCUGUAGCUGCCAAGCUACCGUUCCCGUACAAUGUGCCACCGCCGCUGCAGGCCGCAGCCGCUGCAGCAGCUGUUCCGAAUUUAAGGUUUCAGACACCAAUAAAAGCCUUCGCCUGCCUAACAACACCAAGCAAUCCCAUUGAUAAUGCUGCCGCAGCAGCUGCUGCCGGUCUGGGCCUAAUAGAUCCACAUCACAAUCGUGAAUUGCACAAUGCAUUGGUGGCUUCGAUAAAUGGUAAUGUGGCUGCGGCCGUCAAUGGUUCUCUGACAACAUCGGCUGUUUUAAAAAGUGCCUCGGUUGCUGCCGCCCAACAACAACAGCAGCAGCAGCAAGCUAACAGCAAUGCCGUAACACAGCAACAACAACAGCAGCAGCAACAACAACAAAACCAACAGAAUUCAAAUACCAACUCCAAUAACAACAAUUGCCCACAACAGCAGCAGCAACAACAACAGGGCGCCCAGACCCCACAGCAACAACAACAGCAGGCUGCCAACAAUCAAUCCGGCAAUAUGGUCAUCAACGGUGGCGGUGCUUCCAACGACAUGUCUGUUGUUAAAUACUCAUCAUCGGGUCGCUCCACCCCCAGUAAUAGCAUCAAUGGUUCAGCCGGUACAGAUCCUGCCCCUGGCAAACUGUUUGUCGGUGGCCUUAGCUGGCAGACAUCGGCUGAAAAGCUCAAGGAAUACUUUAAUAUGUUUGGCACUGUCACCGAUGUUCUCAUCAUGAAGGAUCCUGUCACCCAGCGUAGUCGUGGUUUUGGCUUCAUAACAUUCCAAGAACCCUGCAGUGUUGACAAGGUUCUCAAGGUACCCAUACACACAUUGGAUGGCAAGAAAAUCGAUCCGAAACAUGCCACACCCAAAAAUCGCCCUCGGCAAUCGAAUAAAACCAAAAAGAUAUUUGUCGGCGGUGUUUCACAGGACACAUCCGCCGAUGAGGUUAAGGCCUAUUUCAAUCAAUUUGGGACCGUUGAAGAGACCGUUAUGCUAAUGGAUCAACAGACCAAACGUCAUCGUGGUUUCGGUUUUGUCACAUUCGAAAAUGAAGAUGUCGUCGAUCGGGUGUGUGAAAUACAUUUCCAUACCAUCAAAAACAAGAAGGUGGAAUGUAAAAAAGCCCAACCCAAAGAAGCCGUAACACCAGCCGCUCAACUUUUACAGAAACGUAUUAUGUUGGGCACCUUGGGUGUACCCAUACCCACCGGGCCGGGUCAAUUGUUGAGUGCCCGCACAGCAGCCGGAGUACAGGCCAUGAAUCAAUUUGCCAUCUUACCCUCACCGGCCCAGUUACAAUUGCAUGCCGCCUCGGGUGCAGCGGCAUCGGCAGCAGCUGCCCAACAGGCUGCUCUCAUUUCACAAAAUCCUUUCCAAGUACAAAAUGCCGCCGCCGCAGCUGUGGCCGCGAAUCAGAGUAGUUUUGGCAAAUUGUUAUCGACAUAUCCUCAAGCAGCAUUACACAGUGUGCGUUAUUCACCCUAUCCCAUACCCGCCACAGCAGCCGCCGCUACUGCCCUGGCCCAGGCUCAACAACAACAUCAUCAACAGCAACAGGCCGUGGCCGUUCAUCAGCAUCAACAACAACAAAAUGCAGCCGCUGCUGCUGCCCAACAACACACGGCCGCCAGCAAUUCAGCUGCUGUGGCAGCAGCCACUCAGGCCCACAAUGCGGCAUUGCAUGCCGCCGCUGCUGGAACACAACCUGCCAGUGCUGGUCAUGGUACUACAGCCGUAACAAAUCCCUUGGCCGCUGCAGCGGCUCAACAAGCCGCCUUGGUAGCCUCGACAAAUCCCUUGAAUGCCGCCACCAAUCCAUAUCAAAGUUAUGCCUUAACAAAUGUUGACAUGUCAAGUUUUCAGGGUGUGGACUGGAGUUCAGUGUAUGGCAUGGGCAUGUAUGUUUAAGUCUCGGCUGGCAAAAGAAACCCAACAGCAGCAGUAUCAAUAACACAACACAUCCCCUCCCCCUGAUCUUCAUAUAUACCUAUUCUUCCUGCAAAUACUCUUUGAAAGCCUUUUUAAGACUCUUCAAAAUGGAGGGGGCUUUUGUAAGAAACUUGUUAUAUGUGUUUAAUUCUUCCUCUCUACUUUUUUUUCUUUAAUUUAUAAACAAAAUACACAAAAUCAAAGAAACAACAACAACAAAAAAGAAGAAAAUAAUUUGUAAAUUAUCAACGCCCGUUUCAGAUUUCUUUUAGAUUUAGUUUGUUUAGUUUUUAAGGUAAUGCCUAAGCAUUUUAGUUAUUAAAAAACAAAACCCCUACAACAAAAAUCUAAUAUGAAAAGCAAACACUACUAUUAGCUACAUACAUAAAAAACGAAAACAACAACAACAACAAAUGAAAAAAGGCAAAACAGAAAAACAACUCGAAUUGUUUUAUGUAUUAUAUAAAAAAUAAAUAAAAAAAAAUUGAAUUGAAACAUUGAACUAUGAAAAAAGCAAAACAAACGAAAAAAGACAAUGAUUAUUAAAUUAAAAUAUAAUUUAGUUGUAACUCAAAAAAAAUAUAUAUAUGAAAAGAAAAGCAAAAAGAGAGCAUGUUAAAUGGGGGAAAACAAUGGAAACAAAAUUCCCCCAAAUUUGAAAACUUGCUAAUGAAAAACUCCCAUUUUUUAAUAUUUAAGUAAACGCCCCACACCCCCA